AUGAGUCAAAGGUUAUCGUUGUCUUCAACCAUUACGUUGAAUAAUGGUAUAGGAAUGGGUGGUAUUGGUUCUGGUACCGAAGCUCCCCAAGGUGAAAUUACGCAAAAUGUCAUUUUGUGGGCUAUAGAGUCUGGAUAUAGACAUAUAGACACUGCACCACGAUAUGGUAAUGAGGAAGACAUUGGAAUUGGAAUCAUCAAAAGUGGUAUUCCGCGUGAUCAACUUUUUAUUACUACAAAAAUUUGGGACGAUGGUGAGGCAUGUUCAUAUGAUCUUUAUUUGAACUUAUAUCAUUUUUACACAAUAAAUUUUAAUGUGGAUGCAGAUCAAGGUUAUGAAUCAACCCUCAUGGCCGCCGAGACUUCCUUAUCAAAACUUCAAACUUCUUAUAUCGAUUUACUACUCAUACAUUCACCUAGGCCUGGUCCUCAAAAACGUAUUGAAAGUUAUAGGGCUUUACAAGAAUUAGUUAAGCGAGGAAGUGUUAGAAGUAUCGGUGUAUCAAAUUAUGGUGUAAAACAUUUAAAGGAGUUGAUAGAUACUAAUCCUGAAAUUAUGCCUGCCGUUAAUCAGAUUGAAAUUCACCCUUGGAAUAAUCGAAAAGAAAUUAUUUCAUAUUGCGCUGAACAUAAAAUUAUUGUAGAGGCCUUUUCUCCACUUACCAGGGGAAAAAAGUUAAAUGAUAGUGUUCUUGUUAAUAUUGCUGAGAAAUAUAAUAAAUCCUCUGCUCAAGUUUUGAUUCGUUGGUGCCUUCAAAAUAAUUUUAUUGUAUUACCAAAAAGUACAAAUAAAACACGCAUAGCUGAUAAUACUAUCGUGUAUGAUUUUGUGAUUGAAGAAGAAGAUAUGAACAUUCUUGAUAAUUUGGAUGAACAUUUUGUUGCUAGUUCAUGGGAUCCAGCUACUUCAGAUUAA